CUGGGCAUCUACCUGUCUACCCUCCUGGGCAACGGCCUCAUCAUCACUGCCAUCGCCUGUGACAACCACUUACACACCCCCAUGUACUUCUUCCUCCUGAACCUCUCUGUUCUUGACCUGGGAUCCAUGUCCACCACUGUCCUCCUGGACAGCAGAGCUUGUGUCCACAUGGCAGCAGCUGCCUGGGGCGCUUCAUUUCUUUGUGCUCUGCUGCACACGGCCAAUACAUUUUCCCUGCCCCUCUGCAAGGGCAAUGCUGUGGACCAGUUCUUCUGUGAAAUCCCCCAGGUCCUCAAGCUCUCCUGCUCACACUCCUACCUCAGGGAAGUUGGGCUUAGUGUGGUUACUCUUUUCAUCAUAUUCAGCUGUUUCAUUUUCAUUGUUGUGUCCUAUGUGCAGAUCUUCAGGGCUGUGCUGAGGAUCCCCUCUGAGCAGGGACGGCACAAAGCCUUUUCCACGUGUCUCCCUCACCUGGCUGUGGUUUCUCUGUUUGUCAGCACUGCCAUGUUUGCCCACCUGAAACCCCCCUCCAUCUCCUCCCCAUUGCUGGAUCUGGUGGUGGCAGUUCCAUAUGCAGUGGUGCCUCCAGCAGUGAAUCCUCUCAUCUACAGCCUGAGGAACCAGCAACUCAAGGGUGCCCUGUGGAAACUGAUAUCUCGAUGGUUCUAUCAAGCAGUAAACUCCCAGGCUUCUGCAUAG